UUUGACCGUGCCUUCCAUGAGAUGCAGCAGGUGUCAGAGGCAUACAAGAAGGACAUUGACCUCAGUAAAGCUGAGAGUGAUGGAAUUGCCAAGUUCUUACUAGAAAUAAAUGAACGCUGGAAAAACGUGUCUGUGGAACUGAGAUGCAUCCAGAGCCUUCUUGAAGAGGUCAUUGCAUACUGGAAAAAGUUUUUGGACCUCACAGGACAGUUUGAAGCGUGGCUGGACCGAUCUUUCCCCAUGGUCAAGCUGCCCGAAGAGGAGAAGAUGAAUUACUUUCAGGACCUUGGAGAAUGGAAGGAGAGGCAUGAUGAGAUGGAAGAGACUGGAAACUUCCUGGCAGCCACCUGCCGACCAGAGGUGGCUCAGGAGAUCCGGGAGAAGCUCUUCUUCAUCAACAAGAAGUGGGAGGACCUUUUCCAGGCUAUGUUCGGAGUGGAAGCCCCAGACACGUGGGAGUACGUCCAGCAGUACCUUCAUCAGGGUCAGAUCAUUCGGACCAAGAAUGACUACUGCUCUGGCCAGGACCGGUUAGAGCAGUGGAUACAGAAUGCUGAAACCCUUCUCAGCACCACUAAUGUGUGUACAGUUGAGGCAAUAAGAGAGUAUGGAGAAAAAUUAAAGAAAUUGAACACUGAGAUUGAUGACAUGGAGCUCCUAUUCAAGACUAUAUCCAAAGCCUUCCAGUCCCUUGUGCAGGACCUAACCCCUGAUGAGAUUGAGAGGAUGAUGUGGUCUCUAAAGCAGGAGAAAGAAGAGUUGGUUCGCUGUAGAGCCGUCAUUCCACAAAAAAUGUACCUCACAACACAAAUCAUAACACAGUUAGAAGCUGUGGAGAGUGGAAUCAUUGAAAUCAACCAGUGGCUUGAUGAGGGAGAGGCUCUGCUGAACUCUUUCAUAGUCCACGGAACAAAUGAAAGCAUGCAGCAGCAGCACAACAAGCAAAAAGUAUAAAUUUAAAUGUUUUCACA